GUUGCUAAGGGACGCAAAGAAGAAACAAAAUGGCGGAAGCAACGCGUUCGAAUUGGAACAAUAUUUUCCAAUAAUUCCUGCUGUUCGCUUUGAAUUCAAUCAAUGAUGAUGUAGAUAUGAAGUCAAGCAAUAACGGCCAAAAGCCAAGGCGCUGAAGAGUUAUAUUUUUCACGAUGCGAUACUUGUUUGCGUUGAUUGUUUGGCAAUGUUGAGCUUUUUGUCUGGAUUUAUGAAGUUUACUUUCGAUAUUAAGACUUUUAAAACUACUUGAAUAUGCCGACGUUUUCAAGACUCAAGUCCAAAGGUGACCAGGCCUUCCGUAAUGRUGAUCUACUGCAGGCUAUAUCAUUCUAUACUGAUGCUUUAGACAUUGAUGAAACAAACCAGGAGAUACUUGGAUGCCGUUCUGCUGUUUACAGUAAACUAGGAAUGCACAAUGAAGCAAAGAAAGAUGCAGAGAGAUUAAUUAUUGCUCUACCUAACAAUCCUAAGGGCUAUUUUAUUAAAGCUGUUGCCCUAGAAAACCUUGGUAAUUAUACAGAAUCACUGAAAUCAUUUCUGUCAGCUUAUGAAAGAGACUCCCAACAUCCGUUAGAACUGGUUCUCAAUAUAAUACAGGUUUGUGGCUAUAUCUGUCAGCUGGAGGAUGAUGAGGAAUUGAAUCUCUCAACUGAAGGAGAUGAUGUUGAUGCUAACAAGUUUGAAGUACUUGUCCAGAUUGGAAAGCGGUUCUGUAAAAACAAAGAUUUUAUCUUGUGUAAUGCAGUCUUGAGAACAGCUUUGAUGUCACAUCAUAACUUGACGAAAGCAAGCUACUGGCUUCAGAGUGACACAAGUAACCCUGAUCAAGGUGUCAAAGAAGAUGCAAUCAUAGAAUCUACUACAGGACAUGGUUUUUCAUCAGUUUACUUAGCAACUGGUUUCCAUGGAAAUGUCACAUUCCAUAGUAACCUUGAAGAGUCGCAUGUACAGGCAACGUCAAUGGUUGAUUCAAACACAUUAAUGUCAGCAUUAAUCACACUUUGUCUGUCGUACUUUUCACUCAGUGAGCUCAAGCAAGCUCUGUUAUACUGUAAAACCUGUUUACAACUUGCUCUUGAAAUUGGAAGCAAGAAGUAUGAGCUCAAGUCAUAUGUACACCUUGCAAAUAUAUAUCAGAAACAAGGUGACUACCUUCAAGCAAUUUCUUACAAUGGCAAGCUACUGGCAGUAGGAAGAGAUCUUGCCAAAAGCAGUAGUCCAAGCUGUCAGUAUGAAAGUUUCUGGAACAUCAAUGAGGAAUGCAAAGCACUAUGGAACUUGUCACAAGCUUACAAGUCAUUAAGAGAUAUUAAGACCGCACUGCAGUAUGCUAGGGAGUAUUUAGAAGUGUUAAAGACUGUGGAUGAAGCACAUUUAUCUACAGCAUACUCAAAUCUUGGUGAACUUGAGCUGUUGAUGGGAAACCUUGAUCUGGCUUUGGAACACUAUAAGAUGGCACUACGGUAUACCAAGAAGAUCAAUGACAAAGUUUCCAUGUCGUAUUCUUAUGGCAAUAUCGGCAAUGUCUAUGCAGCUAUGGGAAACAAAAGCAUGUCUGAGAUUAACCACAUCCAGCAUAUGAAACUUGCAAUGAGCAUCGGAGACAGUCUCUCUGAGCUAACUGCUAUGAAACAAUUUGGUGACAUGUACAGGCUUCUUGGUGAGUACAGCCAAGCACUAGAACAUUACGAGAAGUACUUAACACAAGUAAAAUUCAAACAUCUUGAGACGUUGCAAUGUCAGGUUUAUGGCGUCAUUGGUUUUUGCUAUUGGAAACUCAACCAACUUUACCGUGCGCAGCACAACUUUGAACUUUCUCUUAAGCUUGCAACAGAACUUUUUGAAAAGGAAGAAGAACUAAACGCAAGAAUUUCACUCGCAAAGAUCAUGAAGACAUUGAGGCAAUACGAGGCAUGCCGACAGUACUAUAAUGAAGUUGUACCAGUGUUAGAACACCGUCUAUUCGUCAAGCAAGGAAGUGAAAUUGUAUAUGAAGACGAAACAGCUGAUAAAUUAAUAGACUGUUACGAGGAUAUUCAAGAGUCACUCGUAGAAAUGAACUGUGUUAAAGAAGCAUUAGAAAUCUCCGAACAUUGCAMUUCUCGUAUAUUAGUUAAUAUGUUAAGACGAAAAGAGGUUCUACGGGACAACGACGAUGACCGAGGUCCUACCGAUUUGUCUCCGAACACGGCCGAAGAAAUAUUUAGAUUAAUUGACGCCAGUGGCUGCUUGGUGCUGGUAUAUUCUCGUCUUAAAGAUGGGUUCAUUAGUUGGCUGUUGUCUUCCGAAAAUGAGAUUUUGAAAUUUCAUAGGUACAAGAACUGUGAUCACAUGACAUUUGAAGAACGAAUCAAAUUGUGUGUAGAGGAUCUCCAUAGAAACCAGACGUCUAACUAUAAAUGUGAUCAAAGAUCAUUACCAAGUGGCGCAAAAGAGGCAAUCAAACCAUCAGACGGUGAAGGUACAAGGAAAUCUUGUUUCACCUGUACCUUCUCUAAAACAAGCCUUACACCACUACAAAGACUUCAUGAGAUCUUGAUCGAUCCUUUCCAAGAACAACUUAAAGAUUGCAACAUUAAAAACCUGACCAUCGUUCCCACAGAAGUACUGUCAAUGGUUCCUUUCCCAUGCCUACAAGGCUCAUCAGGAAGCUCUCUUUAUCAGCACUUUGAUGUCUCUGUUAUGCCAUGUAUACGUUCCUUGUACCUCGCAACACAAAMCCAGAGUACGCGCAGCAGUCGCAAUGGAAAAACAAAUGGUGAUGAUACCAAGAUUCUUGUUGCUGGCAAUCCUACUAUUCCUAGUGUGACACUAGAUGGAGCUAAAUGGUAUCCUCACGGUAAAAGGGACUUGGCUGAGCAAGAAGUUACGUCAUUGGCUACACUAUUGGGUGUUGAACCAGUGACUGGUUCCCAGGCUACCACCGAGCAUAUUUCAGAGAUGUUAGCCCAGUCUUCUCUCGCUCACCUUGUGACGUAUGGGAGUUGGAAAAAAGGCUGUCUAGCGUUCUCUCCAAAUCCAAACUGCUUUGGUAGUCCGCCUUCAGAGGAUGCAUACUUGAUAGCUAUUAAUGAUCUUCUAGCGUUGGAUUUGAAAGCAAAGCUUAUUGUUAUUAGUAGCUGUGUUACUUGCAGUCAUGAGUUUUGUUAUCUGAAACAAGUCAACCUUAGUUUGGCUACAGCUUUGAUGGCUGCCGGUGCUCGAUGUGUGGUUUGUCCUUUAUGGUCUGUUGAACAAACACCGCUUGUCAGGUUUUACUCGUAUCUGUACUUAGGCUUAGAGAAGGGAGAGACGGUAGCUACUGCACUGAAAGGAGCCUACAGUCAAAUGAAGUCCUUGAGUGGGUUUUCUGACCCAGUCUACUGGUCGUCUCAUAUUAUGCUGGGAUUUGAUACAACGAUUGAUUUACCGAGAUUGAGAUACAAGUUGUUUACUCAAGUACUUGAUGGACAAGUCAAGGGUGUGGCGCAAAGUAGGUUUACUUUCAAGACAAUGGAUGCUAAAGACAGCAAAGCAAUAUCAGACAAGUUACGCAGUAUUCUGACAAGUCUCAUGUUGCAGCAUGGGUCAAUGCAAGACAUUUUACCUGCUCUGCGAGACGUGAUAAAAUUGGCCAAUAGUAUGCUGGCAGCGUACGAGGAAGGUCAAAACCUUGACCAGGUCAUCAUGUCGACUCAUAUGAGCUCUAAGAUCCUCGACGCACCGUUUAGUACACCUUUACUGGUCUUUCUUGGUUUUAGUUUCCAGACAGAUGGAGCUAAAGACAAAGAUCCAUACAUUGUGUUUCCACAUUGGGACUAUGAAAACUUACUGGACGCUGGUGCUAUCAUAUUUGAUGCUGUGUGUAGUAUUUUUGAUAUAUCUUCCAUGGCUGGACACUUGCUGGCUCGACUUCUGAAAGAUGUGAGUCACAGAAAUAUGGAGAAACUCAAGGAAUUGCUCGCCAUCACAAACAAGUAUCCCGUUAGAAUAAUCAAGACUUCUGAUCUCAUGGUUCGUUCUUUGUGGUGUAAUAAUGAUAUUCGGCGGUUUCUCCUUGCUGUUGGUUUCUACGAGGUCGGACAGUCACUGCUCUUUAACAAAAGUGACGACAACCAAACGAUGGUUAAGGGGGCGCACAACGUUAUUUCUGCGUUGCUAGGACAUAUAAAGACAGGAACCUCUAGAAUUCGAUUACAAGUUCGAGAACUAUCGUCAGAGUCCAGUGUAAAAUUGGUUUCCCUUUCACCCCUGAUAACAGCAUCUAACCAGGUUGUCAUGGGAACUCCCUGGAUGUCUAAGAGAGCCCCUCCAAGUGAGGCUAAGCUGAAGUUAAAGUUCGCUAAAGAAUUGGAGUCCAUUAACAAAGACUUCAGUGGGGUAGUCACCAGGUCUAAUUACUGGCACGCUCGACUUCUCAGGGCACAGACGUCUCAAAGCCCCAGUCUCCCGAUAAUAAGUCAAAGUCAUCCCCCACAACAAGCCGAUACUAAGAAAAGAGUAAAAGUCAAAGUAGUCAGCGGACUUACCCCAUCGUGCGACCGACGGCUAGCCGAGGAAGAACCAAAAUUGACUUUAAACGAAGCACGCGAGCGGAGAAAUGCGAUCUAUAAAAUAUAUGGACAGCGGUUUGACGAUAUUGCCAUGCGCAAGCGCAAUGAGAUACGUCAGUUGUUUGUAUCUUUGGCAGAGGAAUCAAAGUAAAUGUGGUGAUAAACUUAGUGGUCAGUGUUGAAUCGCAUAAAAUGUGAAGUAAACUCUAACAAUUGUAAAUAUUAUUCUUAUUGUUUUGCGUCGUGGAAAGGAUAAAAUACAUAAAUAACAAAUGUU